GAGGCGGGGAGGAGGUACGCCGAGUUCUGCGAUGGGGACCCACGAGUCCGGGCCUCGUUCGUGGUUGUGGGCCCGGCGAGGAGGAGACGCUGAGGAGUUGGGUGAGGAGAGGCCCGGGGUCCUGGGGGAGAAGGUGGGGGAAUGGGGGGCCGAUCUCCCCUUCCUAUUUAAGGUUCUAUCAGUGGCUAAGGCUCUAUCAAUACAAGCACACCCAGAUAAGGAGCUAGCAAAAACACUGAACAAGACACAUCCUGAUAUUUAUAAGGAUCCAAAUCAUAAGCCAGAGAUGGCAGUUGCCAUUACAGAGUUCAAGGCUCUUUGUGGUUUCAUCAGCACAGAGGAAUUAAAGGAUGUCCUGAGCAGUGUUCCUGAAAUUAGGGAGCUGGUUGGUCCAGAUGAUGCAAGCAAAGUUAUGGAUAUCAAAGAAAAAGAUACAGAUGAGAAAGUAAAACCUGUAUUACAGUCAAUCUUCACUAAGCUUAUGUCUGCAGAUAAAGACACAGUUUCUGGACUGGUUCUGAAACUGAGAAGUCGCUUGACCGAGGAAAGUAAGACGCGGAACCUAAAUGAGAAGGAAGAACUAGCAUUGCUAUUAGAGAAACAAUAUCCAUCUGAUAUCGGAGUUAUAUCAUCCUUCUUCUUCAAUUAUGUGAAGCUUAACCCUGGCGAAGCGUUGUACAUUGGUGCUAACGAGCCCCAUGCAUAUAUCUCUGGUGAAUGCGUUGAAUGUAUGGCAACAUCUGAUAAUGUUGUGCGGGCCGGACUUACUCCCAAGUAUAGGGAUGUGCAUACACUUUGUUCUAUGCUGACAUACAAACAAGGCUUCCCUGAAAUAUUGCAAGGGACUCCCAUAAACCCAUACAUCUCAAGAUACACACCUCCAUUCGAUGAAUUCGAAGUCGAUCACUUGAUGUUGCCGUCUGGAGAGUCCGUGGCGGUCCCGGCCUCCCAGGGCCCAUCAGGUGAGGGCCGUCUUGAAACGGGCCCCGCCUCCGAGGAAAUGGUGAUCAGGGAGGGUCAUGUACUCUUUGUGCCCGCCAACCGUGACAUCAAGGUUAGUGCUGGGUCUGACGGAAAGUUGCAGAUGUAUAGAGCUGGGGUAAACAGCAAGUUCUUUGAGUAGCUUAGGCGAGAUAAGAAGCGGAGAUUACUGAAGUCCCUCAAAUAAAACCAGCAGUGUGAAAGCUCCAGUAAAUCGUAGAGGCCUGGAAAGAGGUCAGUCUUUUAGUGUUCUUUUUUUUUAUGUUAUGCCGUACGUGUAUCAUGAGUUGUAUAAGGACUUCAGUUGAGAAAUGAAAAAAUGAAAAUAAAAAUGGAAUAAAUCAUUGGAGCUUCGUAUCCUUUCA